AUGGAAUCCCUCGAACAGACCCUCCGCUCCGUCCUCCCGCCCAUCACGCGCAACCUCCCGAAACCCAUCUCCGACGCCGCGACGAACCUCCUCGGCGACUCCUGCUAUCGAUCCCUCGUCCACAACAUCACCAUCACCGACACAGUAUGCCUCAAGCUCGCCAUUUCGAAGGCGCUGGGCGUCGCAAUCAUCGGAAUGUCCUCGAUCGUGAAGCUGCCACAACUGCUGAAGAUGCUGAACUCGCAGUCGGCAGAGGGGAUCAGUUUCCUGAGCUACUUGCUUGAAACAGCGAGCUAUUUGGUGACUCUGGUGUACAACGUGCGCAAUCAGUUUCCAUUCAGCACGUAUGGGGAGGUGGCCUUGAUCGCCGUGCAGAACGUCGCGAUCAGCGUGUUGGUUCUGCAGUACAGCGGGAAGGCAGCUGCGGCAGUGGCUUUCGUCGCGGGAUUGGCCGCGGCGGGAUAUGCAUUGUACAACGAUAGCAUCGUGAGCAUGGACAUGCUGCAGUACUGUCAGGCUGGAGCGGGUCUGCUCGGUGUGGCUAGCAAGUUACCGCAGAUCGUCGCAAUCGCGAGACAAGGUGGGACUGGGCAGUUGAGUGCUUUCGCGGUCUUCAACUACCUCGCUGGUUCUCUCGCGCGAGUGUUCACGACUUUACAGGAGGUGGACGACAAGCUCAUUCUGUACGGCUUCUUGGCUGGCUUCACGCUCAACUUGGUCUUGGCGGCACAAAUGGUCUACUACUGGAACAGCCCAAGUAGCAAGGACACCAAGCAGACGAAGCUCGAGCCGAAGGGCAAGCGAGCCAUCUCGCAAGCUACUGGUACGAGCAAGGUCACAGGAAGUGAGAAAGCGAAGAACUCGCCAUCGACGAGAAGACGGGGAUAG